AUGUUGUCAAUCGAUCAAUUUAAUGAACGAGCUUUUAAUAAAAAUGGAUGCUACGUGUAUUUUCUCAUUGUAUUUCUCAUAAUCAUUAUAUUGAAUAUAUUCUCAUUGAUGUAUUAUUUCUUUAAUCUGGCAAUCACUGUUCGUGUCAAGUACUACAAAACUAAUCUACAAAUAAUUCAUCAAGCGAUUUAUGCCACGUGUCCCUUUAGUUCAGUUAUCUUGAUCAUUGAGAAGAUUUUUGAUGUUAUGGAGAAAAGUGAAGUGUUGACUUCAGACAGUUCACUUUUCAUGUACAAGCAAUACUUCCGAACAGCAAUCAUGUGCCCACCAUUAUUUGCUCUAACUGCUAUCAUGUUGGAACGGAUAUUUGCCACGUGGUUCAUAAAAGAUUACGAACAGAAACAAAGGCAUUAUAUUGCAUAUGGUAUCAUUGCUCUAAUGACGUUUAUCUCUAUGCUUACAGCUUACGUCUUUAAUUCCACGAAUCUAAUAUUUGCCUACGUCGGUGCUCAUUUCCUGCUGAACAUUGUUUGUUAUAUUGUUUCAAUUAUCACGUAUAGAAUAAAUCGAAAUUGGUAUAAUGAUAACCGUGAAAACAAACAUGAUUACUCUUUGGGUACUCGGUUUCAAAUAUCGGAGAACAUAAAGGUUUACAAAUUUUUCUCUCAUUACCUCUUCGUGCUCGCAUUUUUCCCAUUCACCUGCACAGCUUGUGCACUUUUUAUCCAAUAUGAUUCAUCUCCGCUUCAUCGAGAAAUCAUGUUUGUUGUGUUUGAUCUAAGCUUCACGUUACUUUGUAUUCUGGCGCCAUACCUUAUACUAAAAACAAAUGAACCGUGGCAAAAUGAUCUUGAGCAAAUCCUUUCAAAAGCGGGUAUUCUACGAGCUUCAAAAGUGGAAACUAUAUUGGAACGAUCGAAAACAUUGAAAAAUACAUUUGGAGAAGCGAUGGAAUUUGAAACGAGUCAACAUAGUGAUAUGUACUUUAAUCAGUUACAAAAAUCAUGGAAUAAGGAAUCUAAUAGAGUCGUUUUGGUUUAG